UAGGCUAUUAAACGAUUCUAGUAUAAGGCUGCAACUCAACAACAUGCGAAAAAAGUGGAGGAGAAUCCUUUCAGAAUGCUGUUUAUAUUUAUUUUUCUCUCUGGUUUUAAAGGAUUAUUUCAUAAUGUCAGGUUCAUGCUAUGUAUUUUUAUUUUUAUUUUUUUAAAUCACAUGGGUUUCCAUAUUUCUGAAGCUCCUCAAUCCCGACAUGAAUUCAAAGUGCUGCAAACUGCUCUAGUGCACGUCUUCAACAGUCCAACAGUGGACAGGCUGUUUGUUGUGUCCUAUGAUGAUGUGACGGUGGCGGUGGGAGGAGGGAGGGGCUGGGAGGCUGGCGAACACACUCACACACAUUCACUCACUCACACACACACACGCACGCACGCACGCACACAGACAGCAGCCGCUACAGGGAAGAUGGAGGAUGGUGUGGCAGCGGCGGAGCGGACCUCCAGCCUGCAGCAACAUCGCUGCUGAAAGCAGUGUGUACUUCAGGAAAAAAAAACUACUGCUGUCAGCGGACACCUAAUAACAUAAGACUCUUCCCAGCAGCCUUUGCCCUCACCUCACAGAGGAGGAGCCUGCUGAUGACGGACUACUAAAACUCUCUCUGACACAGUUCAAACAACCAGAAUCAGACAGCCAUGAACCCCCAAGAGACAGAGCUUGGCCAGGAGGUUAUGGAGGAGACUGAUGCCCCUCCUCGACAUCGCCACAACAACCACAACAGCCGCUCCCGUAACCACAGCAACCAGGAAAAGCGCUACAGACGCUGUGAAGCCCCUGCUGGAGGAAGUUCUGGGAGCAGAGCCAGGGUGCCACAGCCACGCCAGCCACAGGAGGAGCAAGACAUGGAGCUGCAGCAUGGAGCUCAGUCUUCACAGCCCCAGCAGCCCCAGCAGCCCCAGCCCAUUCCCCGACCCGCAGUCACACGUUAUCGCCGACAGGGGGACAGCGAGGCCCGGAUCAGAGCCCAGCAGCAGAGGCACAGACAGAGGCAGCAGAGAGAGGCAGAGAGAGCACAACAUUUAGCACAACAACAGGAGAAGCAGCAACACGCAGAGAUGACCCAAGAAGAUGAAAGAGAGAGGGACGAUUCAGUGCUCGCCCGUUCAGCGAGCACCGAGAGCGGCUUCCACACCCAUACUGACCGGGCUGAGGGGGACGAUGGUCUGGUGAUGAUGUCUCUGGAGCCUGAGGGGCAACCAGAAGCAGAGGACGAGGCUGGGAACUACGGAGUCCAGCUACGGCCGGAGGCGGAGGGGUACACUGAGAGUGCGGAGGCUGAACAACAACAUCUCCAUUCACAGCCUGCCUAUCCUCCUCAGCCCCCGCCACUGCCACGUGAACCUCUGCCUGAUAUCCAGAAUCCACAGAGACAAGAUGAAGCAGAGGAGAUGCUGAAUGCUGGCUACUCAAACUAUGUCUACACCCAGCCCCUCAGCCACUCUGGAGGAAGGGCCAACAUCUCGACUGGUCAGAGCUUGGAUAGUUUAGAUGCUGUCCUUGCGGAUGAAGCCUACUCUGAGCCAUAUGACAUUUACUCACUCUCAGAGCAUGUUUACGAGGAAAUCUGCGAUGCUCCUGCAGCAGUUUCAUCUCCUGCAGAUGGGGCUGAGGACAGAGAGUCUCUUCAACAGAGGAGGGCCGGCUUUCAGCUGUUGGAGGGCCCGGCAGGAGGUGGGGAUUACCAUCAGCAGGAGGCGGUGGGAUCCCGUCUGCGCCACUAUGACGAACGUUCAGAUGGCGAGUCAGACAGCCCAGAGAAGGAGGCAGAGUUUGCUCCAUACCCACGUGCCGACAGCUGUGACCAGGAGGAGGACAUUGACAGCAUCGUGGCUGAGGUCAAAGAAAGCCUAAGCUCUCAGAGUCUUCAUCGUGCUGCGGAAGACACCAUUGAUGAAGAAAAUGAGCUUCAGCGGGGAGGAGAAAUACCCCAGCCUGAGUUCCAAAUGGACUCUGAGAAGAACCACAAAGCUGCCAAUCCAGGGAAGCCAGCCAGGAAACAGGCUGUGAGUCCUUCAGAGGAGCUUGUAGCAGUGAAAAACAGUCAGGAGAAGAGGGAUGCCAUAUCCCUGGCCAUCAAGGACAUUAAGGAGGCCAUAGAGGAGGUGAAGACCAGAACAGUGAGAUCUCCAUACACACCUGAUGAGCCCAAGGAGCCCAUCUGGGUAAUGAGGCAGGACCUGAGCCCCACUGUUGAGUGUGACCUACAGCCAUCACUGGGGGCUGAUUCACCUGGCUCAGGCUCGCCCUCUCCUCCAGGAGCAGAGUCAUCCAGCAGACAUCUGCUGCAGGAAGACAGCUUUGAAUCUUCUCCCUCUAGUAAAGAGUCCAGGAGAAGCCUUGCGUCUUUCCCCACAUAUGUAGAAGUCCCAGGCCCAUGUGACCCAGAGGACCUGAUAGAUGGGAUCAUCUUUGCAGCCAACUACCUGGGCUCCACCCAGCUGCUGUCGGAUAAGACUCCAUCCAAGAACAUCCGCAUGAUGCAGGCACAGGAGGCUGUCAGCCGCAUCAAGACGGCCCAGAAAUUAGCCCAGAACAGGAAGAAGGCCCCUGAGGGUGAGCCUCAGCCCAUGACAGAGGUGGAUCUCUUCAUCUCCACCCAGAGAAUCAAAGUGCUCAAUGCUGACUCCCAGGAAACCAUGAUGGACCACCCACUGCGGACCAUCUCCUACAUUGCUGACAUUGGCAAUAUUGUGGUUCUGAUGGCCCGGCGCAGGAUGCCUCGACCCGACUCUCAGGAGAACGUGGAGGCAUCAGACCCAGGUCAAGACAGCAAGCGCCAAUACAAGAUGAUAUGCCACGUGUUUGAGUCUGAGGAUGCCCAGUUGAUUGCUCAGUCCAUUGGCCAGGCCUUCAGUGUGGCUUACCAGGAAUUCUUACGGGCCAAUGGCAUUAAUCCUGAGGACCUGAGCCAGAAGGAGUACAGUGACCUGCUCAACACUCAGGACAUGUAUAAUGAUGACCUCAUCCACUUCUCCAAGUCUGAGAACUGCAAAGACGUGUUCAUUGAGAAAGCAAAGGGGGAGAUUCUGGGUGUGGUCAUUGUGGAGAGUGGGUGGGGCUCCAUCCUGCCCACUGUCAUCAUUGCCAACAUGAUGCAUGCUGGGCCGGCUGAGAGGUCUGGCAGACUGAACAUAGGAGACCAGAUCAUGUCCAUUAAUGGGACCAGUCUGGUGGGACUGCCACUGUCCACCUGCCAGAGCAUCAUCAAGGGUCUGAAGAACCAGUCUGGGAUCAAGUUGAACAUUGUCAGAUGUCCCCCAGUGACCACUGUACUCAUCAGACGGCCAGACCUCCGCUACCAGCUGGGCUUCAGCGUCCAGAAUGGCAUUAUCUGUAGCCUUAUGCGUGGGGGCAUCGCUGAAAGGGGCGGGGUCAGAGUGGGUCACCGCAUAAUCGAAAUCAACAGUCAGAGCGUGGUGGCCACACCCCAUGAAAAAAUUGUCCACAUUCUGUCCAACGCUGUGGGAGAGAUCCACAUGAAGACGAUGCCUGCAGCCAUGUACCGCCUGCUGACUGCCCAGGAGCAGCCUGUUUACAUUUAACAAGACAAAGCCCUGACCUCACACACCCUUUAAACGUCCUGCAAUCACUUGUCACUUCCCAAGCCGACCCCCUCUGCCCAGCCCAGUGCUCAUCCUGUCCCCUUCUGUUCACUGUUGAUGGACGAGAGUGCGAUGUUAGUAGGAUUGUUCUGUUGCUCAGCCUUCAAGAGACAACAACGUAGAAACCCAUCUGUAGUCUUUAAAAGAUUUGUUUUCUUACUUAGGCUAAAUGUGCAAUUGGUGAAAGGAUGUUUACACCUUAAGCAUUUUCAGCGCCUUGUUGUGCCCCAGAAUCCUAAAAUCUUCUUCCUGGUUCACUGUUGAUGUUCUGAAACUCAACACAAUUUACACUUUAUAACUUGGGAGCAGAUAACUAUUCCUCUGUGUAUCUUUAAUGUUCACUUUAGGCAACUAAGACAGUUUGGUGACAGUUUUGCUCAUUGUUAAAUAUAGAAAUGAAAACUUAUCACCCAGUAGAAACCUGAUUUUUAAGGAGCGGUAACUGAACCCUGAUUGUAGACUUUAAGGCAAUCUGCACAUCCAACCCUAACCUUUACACAGUGACUGUACCUCCUGCCAUGCUGCUAUUUCACUGGCAGAACACUGCUUGUGUCUUGUUAUAGUUAUCAUUUAUUUCUGUUUUUUGGGCGUUUUACACUCAUGUUGUAGCUACAUUUCGUAGGACCAGGCCUACUUUCGCUUUCCCUCCUGUAAUCCACUCCAAAUACUGUACGUUGGUGUUCUUUGCACAACACAGAGCUCCCCACAGAGGGAGAACGUGAAUCUUGCUGACAAAUGAGUGUGCAAACACACACUCCCCCUCGUCACAUUCCACGUUUGCUGCAUUGUAGAAGAGUUGACGCUGCAGCUCCAUUUUGCACUCCUCAUUUCCAACAGGAAAGCUUUCCAAUUCAGCUGUAGUCAGUUGUUAUAGUAGUUGUAUUUCCAUCCCAUUUGUUUCAUAUGUGUAUCCUGUGUACAUGGCACCAGCAGUAGCUCCAGUCAGCAUGUAAUAACAGCCAUUAAACUAAUCCCUCUCUUACACCACAAACAGUUGUUCAUGAAGCUGACUCACAGGGAAAUCUGUUACACCACAGAGCAUGUUUGACAUAAUUUUAGAAUUUACAUUUACCAACAAACACCACCUGAACCCAGAUGCAUCCUUUAAUAAACCAUUAAAGUUACAGCAAAAUGAAUCUUUUAAUAUAUUUUCAGUGAUCACCAAAGACAUCCCAUCACCCUUUUACAUGUAGCAUCCUUUAAUAACCAAAUUUGUGAGUGAGUGACAAUUGUUGAAUUUUAUUAUGAGUUUAAUGUGACAUUUUUGGAAUUUUUAAUGUCCUUAUAAAUGUGAUGAAUGAUAAUAAUUCAUUUAAGAAAAAAUGGGAAGUUGGGAAUUUUACAUAAAUUGGAAAUACAUGAUCAGGAUUAUUAGAUUAUUUAGAGCUAUGAAGGUGAAAGCUAUAACCCAGCAGGCUACGGUGAAGUUUAGUUUUAACCCAACUGAAAUACAACAUGUGUUAUAUUCUGAGGUUACUGAAGUGUAGUCAGUCAGAGGGAAUACAUGUUGCUGACUGGGUGUAUUCCACUCUAACGCCACUCUGUCUUCAAAUCAUGUCCACCAAACAUUCGCUUUUCUGUUCCUGCAAUGCAAACUGUUCAACUCUCAUCAAAAGUGCAAUGGCUUUUUGUGUUUAUUUUGUCAACAACUUGAAACAUGAUUCUUUUAGUUUUUUCUUAUUUUAUUAUUUCAGGGUAAUUUGAUAUUUUUAUUGUGUGUUUAUACACAAAAUAUCACUGUACAGUAGCUUGUUUCAAACUUGAAUGGUGCUUAUAAGAGAUUGGUCCAGGGAUGACGUGUAUUUGUAAGCCAGCGCAGAAGUUAGCAUCACCUUGUUUCCUUGACUAAAAGCUCAUGGGUUUCUUUUCAAUUGGAUUGAAAUGCAGAAAAAAGGUCUUUCACAAGCAAAAGUUUGAUACUUGCACGUUUUGUUCAGCAAUAUAAUCUUUACAAAUGAACACUACUUUUAUGAUUUUUGAAGCAUAAAUGCAUUCCCUAGGAGUAAAAAGCCAACGUCAGGCUACAAACAAACUACACCCCCGUCACAUGACUUAAUAUCACCACCACAACAUGGCUGUAAAAACGUAUUUGCCGUGAUGGUGUUCUGUAGUCUCAUUUAGCCAGUUGUUAACAGCCACUUUACUAGGGAUGCACAAUAUUGGAUUUUUUACCAAUAUCCGAUAUGCCAAUAUAAAAAAAUUUAAUUGGCCAAUAAUUGAUACAGAUAUCGAUAAAUUCCCUUUUCCCCACCUAAUUUUAGUGAUCAUCAAGUCUCUUCUGUAGCGGAAUUAACAUAAUAUUAUGCAUGCAUGCUCUUAUAGUGAUGGCCCACCCACAGAUAGAGACAGUGGCAUAAGGAAGUCAUUGCGGGCCCCAGAGCAUGUUACUUUGACUUUUGAUUUUGUGUCUCAACUAGCUACCAUAUAUCGUAGCAUCUCAUCACAUCAAAUAAAGACUUAACAUUGGACAGCAACAACAUAUGUUUCACCCAUUAGUCAUCUUUGCAUCAUCUGUAUAUGACAAAAAUACCAAAGAAAUGAUUUAUUUAAUUGAAUAGUGUUUUUUUGUAGUUUAUGUAUAGUUUUUAUAGUUUGUGUAGAAUUAGCAUAUAAUUUUGCUAUAGACUGCCACUGAUUUGGCCGUCUUGGCCUUUUUGUGGGCAUAAAUGGCAAAUAGCACUAUUUUUAGUUUAACAGAACUUUACAGUUGUAUUUUUGAAGGUGCAGACUAACUCUCUAUGGGUGCCCCCCACCCCACGGGCCCCGGUGCAACCGCAACCGCACUGCUCACUCUCUAUAUUUAUGCCCCUGGAUGGAGACAUGAAAUACAAUUCUUUUCAAGUAGCAUGUUGGCAGAUUCCGACAGUUUAUUUUAAAGACCUUAUCAGUCCAAUAUGAUGACGUGCGGAUAUACAAUGAAUUUUAUGUGGUAGAACAAAAUGUGAAGGUCUCUUCAGCUUGUGUUAACCACAAACCUUAUUUCAGGCAUCUGGCCAAAAAUCCAUCUAAAAAAUCUGUUUCAAGACAAGGGAGCUGGGAGUGCUAAGAUGCUAACUUAAUUCCAGGUUUUUGGGCUCAUUCCUGCACCACCCUAUAAGACUCUACCCUUAAAUGACUGUACUGGUAUUUCAUAUUUUAUCCCUUUUACUAUUAAGUACUUCAGUAGUUUGCAUUUUUGCAGGCAACUUUCAUCUUCUAAAAAAUCAGCUUGCAAAAACUUGAAACUUGGGUUGGAAAAUCAUUCCCAGUGAGCACUGUUGUUGUCAAGGUUUCCAGUCUCUACAAGCUCAUUGGGAAAUCAGUGGCUGGCUCUAAAAACUAAAAACGGUUUUGCUGUGGAAAAUGAGCAACAGGCAUGUUAGAGAGCAAUGGGCUAAAACAUGAAAACACUGGCAUGGACUUUUCAAAAUGCUGGAUAUUUUUAUUAUCUGCUGGUUUGAAUUGAAGGUAUUUUAAACAGUUAAAGUGCUGGGAUCACAUGAGACAAACAUGAACUCAAAAACAGUAAAGUUUUUUCCUGCUUUGAUAUAAAACAUGUUAAAGCUGUUAAAGUGAAUGUUUUAAUGUGCACUUUUGACGAUGUAUGCUACAGCUAAGACAGAUGUAAGCACAUUUUAAACUGAUUUACUUUUAAUUGAAGUUGUCUACAUAGUUAUUCAUGUACCACUAGGUCAGUUGUGUAUACUGAGUAAGAUGCCACACUUACAAAUAGAAGGUUUAAAAAAAAAAAAAAAAAAAAAGGGGAAAAAAAUCAUUAAAUUUAACGUUGUUAAAUGUUGCCUUUCAAUCAACAAGCUGAUUGCCAUUGACUUCGUGUUCAUGUGGACCAGGUUCUGUAUCUGUAUUAUAAUCACAGUAUAUUUAGGCUCUAAGGAUUACAUGUCUGAUCUGAAGAUUUUAGAUGAUUUUUUUUUUUUUUUAAAGUUUAAUAUUGAAAUAAGUGGCUCAUGUGUUACUGCAGUCACAUAAAACUGUCUCCAAGCCCUUGCUCUCUUUGUAAAACAUAAGAGAGCUGAUUGGUUCAAUUCAACAAGGACAUAACUUGUAAGAAAAUAUCCGUUAAUUUCAUGUUUACUAAAGUAAGUGCAAAAAUAGAUUUGUGAAGCAAUUUUCUUUAUUUGUAAGAUGCAAAACAAACACAAAUCCUGUUUAAUUGAAGAAUCCUGUUUAAUUGAAAGUUCAAAUGGCUGGUGUAAAGUUUAAUUGUGAAACAGUGGAUACAUUUUUGAGCAUAACAGCCCCCACAAAAUGAAUCAUUGCACUAUUGGGAUUUGAUCCAUUCAGUCCCAUAACAUUUCAAAAGCCUAGAGGAGCAGCAUUUUAUCCCCAUUCAAAGUACUGCAUUUGCUCCAUGGGCCCCAUGAUGUGUAAGAGCUGGAUAUUUUUAUACCUGGAAAGUCAAACUUUUUUUGGCUUCAUGCACCACUGAGCAGCUGUCAAAGGAAUGAACUGGGCGCCCAGCCAACACUGUAUCCAGUUCUCUUUAUACAGCUAUGAUCCAGAAUGGCCCUAGACAGGGCCACUCAAAUUUUCGCAUCAGCCACUGUAGCUUUCCCGCACACUUGGCACACUGCAGAAGUUUCAGUUGGUUGCAGUCUGCAACCUCACCACUAGAUGGCAUGAAAUCCUACACACUAGCCAUUUUAGCUACUGUCAGUGUAAAAAAAAAAACUUAAGCAAGCUUAUUGGUUGAAUUCAAUAAGGACAUAGCUUGUAACAUGUAGAAAAUAUCAGAAAGUUUCAUGUUGACUGAAGUAAGUGCAAAAAAAGAUUUGUGAAGCAUUUAUUUUAUUUGUAAGAUGCAAAACAAAUGUGAAUCCUGUUUACUGUAAUUUAAGGCUCAAAUUGAUAAUUUCAAGUUUUUUUGUUAAACAGAACUAAUCCCAUGUAUUGUAAAUGUACACUGUCUUUUAAAAAUGUAGCACAUCAACAGAGCUGUUUUUUAUGUGUUUUGGACCAGUCAUCACCUACAACACAGAAAAACGUCAGUUAUUUCCCUCUCCUGUCUCCAGUUUUAAAUGGAUGAAGCAGUCACAGAUGGUGGAUGCACAUCACGUCUUAGUGAACUAGAUCAGUAUGAAUAGGAAUGGACUUUACACUUGACUUAAAGUGUGCACAUCUGUAAUGCUUUCUAGUUUUCCUUGCAGUACAACAGUCAAGUCGACAGGGAUUGCAUUGUAGUUGUGAUCAAGGUUAAAAGUGACAACUCUUUAGAAUUAAGAACUUUUUAAAGGCCUCUAAAUUUGGACUUUGUUUCAAUGUUUGUUUGUUUUUUAUUAUUAUUAAUCUGAGGAGACUGUCUCUUCCAAAGGACUACAACAUUUGAACCCAACACCAUCUCCUCUGCAUCUCUGAGAAUGUACCUGGCAACAACGCAACUUUCUUGACUCGACAAGCUUUUAGUUCCCUGUUGGACAUUGCCAACAGGACUUGUGUUCUCUUUUUUUUUUACAUUUCUCUGAGUUUAAGGCUAAAACAUGUAUCCCACUGUAUACCCCAACUUCAAAACCCACUGCUUAGUCCAUCUGUCUGACCUCAUCGAUGAAGCUCAUCUUGGCCUUACUACCACUACUGGACUUUUUAUGAUGUAAAAACUGAUACUGAAGAGGAAUAGCGGCAACGGCAGCCAUUUUUGGACUUUUACCAUGGGCUUCUCUGAGGCCACGUGAUUAUGCUGUACUGUUCUUACUUCUAGUGUGUGUGUGGUGUGUGAUUACAACCAAUGUACUCCAUGUUCAAACAAAAACCAGCUGGAUAUAUAAAGUACACAUAUAGAUGAAAUAUAUAGAAAACUAUGUAAAGAUAUAUACUUCUGUGUGUUUGGGUUGGCCUAUAGGAAAACUUCAGUCAAUAGAAAGCGAUGUUUUCAUUUGAAUGGAAUGUAGGAAACUGAUUGUGUGAAAUGACACUGAUGUACAGCUAGAGCACAAUAUAAUUUAAGGUGUGUGUGAUAUUUUCCCUCUAUGGUCUGUCAGGGAUUGUAGGCUAGCGUGACACAAUGAAGCUAACCACAGAACAAGCACUUGAAGCUGGUGGCAGGCAGCAGGAUUGGCUAAUGAGUAUUUAUAAGUGCACUCAUUUUGAAUGUAACUGAAACGUUAACUCUCAAUGUGUCUACAGAUUUAAAAAAAAAAAAAAAAAAGCAAACAAGAAAAAUACCAUUUCUGUAAA